AUGAACUUGUUUACCGAUAGUUUAAUCAAUAACGAUAUUUAUGACAACCCUAACGACCAGGAUAGUGAAUAUGAAGAAGAGUCAGAAUUUCAGGAAUCCGAAAGUGAAACUGAAGAAGUAAUUGAAGAGCCUAAUUAUAAUAAUUUUCUUGUUGUUACCAUCAGACAAUUGGCGAGAAAGCUUCAAAAAUCUGAACAGUUAUUAGUAAAAUUCCGAACUUGUUGUGAAACAGCAAACAUUGAUUAUCUGAUGCCUGUAGUUGAUAUACGUACGCGCUGGAACUCCACUCUUCAAAUGCUUUCAUGGGCCCUAGCAUGUAAAUCAGCAAAAUUUUGUGCGACAAUAAUACCAAACUGA